AUGGCCCUGCCUGCGACUUCAAUUUGUGAACAUGCCGGUAUUAUCCGAGCGCUUGUGAACAAUGGAGUUGAUGUGGAUGUCCGCCACAGAAGCUUGCCGAGCGCUCUGGAGAUUGCAGCAAAAAGUGGCAACUCAGAUAUCAUCGAGCUUCUUCUUGAAGCAAACGCAGACGUCAAUGCCACAAAGGCUGGCUUCCCAAGCGCUCUACAAUUGGCAUGUUUUCACGGCCAUCGAGAAAUUGUCCAGCUACUCCUCAGCCACGGUGCUAAUAUGGACGCACAAACGCAGCAGUUCCCACCAGCGUUUCAGGGAGCGGCAAGCAAAGGGCACAAGGAAAUUGUAGAGCUUCUCCUCAACAACGGUGCUGAGAUUGACGCGCACGACCAAAGAUGCUCCACAGCACUUCAAUGCGCGGUGGCUACUUGCAAUAAGGGACUUGUCGAGCUUCUGUUAGAUAAUGGUGCUGGUAUCGAUAUUCAGGGUGGAAUACUUCCAAAACCUGUAAACAUCGCCUCCGCAAAUGGAAAUUGGAGGAUCCUCAAGCUAUUUCUUACCAGAUACGUGGAUGCUCAGGUUCAAGGGGAUAUACUGGCAAGAGCCCUGGUAGUAGCAGCACUUCAUGGCCAGAGGAGAAUUGUUCAGCUUCUUGUUCUGAAUGGCGCCAAUUUGAAUCAGCAAAUUGAAUCAUCGGGUGCAGUAUUGCUUUCCACGGGCGAACAACUCACAACAGCACUUCAGGCAGCCGCAGCAGGCGGGCACAAGUCUGUUGUUAAGCUCCUUAUCAAAAGUGGCGCUGAUGUUGGCGCGCCUCAUCAUCGAUCUGUGACACCACUCCAAGCAGCAGCAACUCGAGGCCAUAGGGGUAUUGUUCGGCUACUGCUUGACAAUGGAGCUGGUAUAGACGAACAUACUCGAUACUCCCCUACGGCCAUCCAACGAGCGGUUGUCAACGGUGAUAGAGAAAUGACCGACCUACUCCUCCGUAGGGGUGCUGACGCCAGUCUGCAAGGUGCACGGCUUGCACCCCCGCUGUAUAUUGCAAUAGCCAUGGGUCACAAGAGUAUUGUUCGCCUCCUUCUAAGCCAUGAAUCUCACAUCAAAACACCGAGCGAACGUUACGGGACCGCUUUGAUGCUAAUGUUGUCGCUGCGUCAUCGUCCCGAAGACCAGGUGCAUAGUCAUGACGGAUCUGUCACGGCGGAUUAUGACAGCCGUCUUUUACAAGCGUUAAUGCUCGAAGAUCGACGAUAUGGCGACGAAGAGAGCAAGUUUGCUGAUUAG